AUGGCGGGCAAUCUGCAAAAUUUUCCCCCUCUUCCUGGCAGAGCCUCCUUGUUAGGAGUUUCUCCUUCCACCAGUCCCCCAGCUCCUCCAGCUCUUUCUUAUGCUAGCAAUCUUGCAGCUCCUCCUGCUAAUCGCGAGGAGUGGCCGAUGUCCUUCGUCAACCCGACCAAAAAACUCUCCUUUGCUGCUUCUGAACUUACAGAAGGUAAAGAUUUGUGGGAUCUUUGCCUUGUGGGCUACUCUUUGGGUCAAAGACCGUAUUAUGAAAGACUUCUUACGGCGAUGAACAAGGCGUGGAAGCUUAAAGGCUCGUUCUCGUUUCUCUCUCUUGCUGAUGAUUUUUUUCUCCUGAAGUUCACUUCCAGUGAAGAUUUUGAUAUGAUCUGGUCGGGAGGACCUUGGUUUCUCCUCGGCAAACCUUUCUUCCUUCAGAAAUGGAAUCCGAAGUUCCAACCAAAGCGAGACGAAGCUGCCUCUAUCCCUCUGUGGAUUAAGAUUCUCAAUCUCCCCCUUGCUCUCUGGACACCUUCAGGUAUCUCGAAAAUUGCCAGUUACAUUGGUAUUCCUCUCUAUGUGGAUUCUCUUACCGCAAAAAGAACUCGUCUUACUUUUGCGAGAGUUUGUGUUCAAGUUGACAAAAACUCGGUUUUGCCUGACGAUAUUCCUUUGGAAAUUGAUGGUGAUGAUUUGGUUCUCAAAGUUGUCUAUGAUUGGAAACCGUCUAAAUGCGAUGGCUGCGGUUCUAUAAUCCAUCCUUAUGCCCUUUGUCCAUCUAACCCUUCACCCAAGCCUUCUCUUCCUCCAAAACCUGCUUUUAGGGACAGGAGCACGAGUCGGGCUCCCACUGCUAGAGCCACAGAUCAGCCACCUACCUCUACUGGAAUUGCCAAUGAACCUCUUAUUACUCCUCCUGACAAUACCACAUCUCUCCCUAAUCUGAAUUUACCACAUGAAGAAUCUUCCUCUUCGGGUCAAUCCCUUCCCCUUCUUCUUCUUCGUCCCUCGCAAGUGGUUUUAGCUAAUAGCUUCGCCUCUCUUCCUGUUGAAAAUUUGGACAAUUCGGAAGAGGCUAAAGAAGAUGAAGUUCAUUCUUCCUCUAUUUUUUCCGAGGAAGUUCUUCCUCCCUCCUCUUCCCUCAAAGCUUCUCAGCCUAACUCCAAAACUCCCUCCAACUCUGUCUCUUCCCCUGACAAAAAAGCCAAGCCAAAAACGGCCAAAAAGGCCAAAAAACCCAAAUAA